UCUGUCCGCCCAGGUUUUCCCCAAGAGUCACAUUCUCAGCGCACUCAAGACCAUCUUUGAGAAGAACGUGCUGGGCUUCGCGGGCGGCGCCAUGGGGGCCGUGAACGGCAUGAGACCCGACGGCGUGCCCGACACCUCCAGCGUGCAGUCCAACGAGGUGUGGGUCGGCGUGGUCUACUCCCUGGCUGCCACCAUGAUCCAGGAGGGCAUGGUGGAGGAAGGCUUCCGCACGGCAGAGGGCUGCUACCGGACGGUGUGGGAACGGCUGGGCAUGGCUUUCCAGACACCGGAGGCCUAUCGGGAGAAGAAGGUGUACCGCUCGCUGGCCUACAUGCGGCCCCUCAGCAUCUGGAGCAUGCAGCUGGCCCUGGAGCGCCGGGCUGGCCGGGCACCAGCACCCGCACAGCUCCCCCAGGGCAGCACCCCCCCUUGAGCCUCGUGGCGCUGGGCAGGGCACGGGGUGCACCAUGGGCUGGGGGGUGCAGAUGGCAGGCAGGGACCCUCCCCUCCCUCUCUGUGCUAGUACUCACAUUGCUGUUUUCCUUCCCUACCUCCACUACGUGCCCUUGACCUCAGGGGGCUUCCAGCUGCUGAUGCUGAGCACAAGGGGGGGGGACCAGAGAUGUGGGGGAUGUCUCCUCAGAGCGUGGUGGCUUAAGGAGUUGCUGCUGGAGCCUGUGCCUCCCCUUCCCCAUCACUCGGGGCUCUGCCAGCCUGCAGGC